AUGAGAGAUGGUGAACAGCCCUCCAAAGAUGUCACUGGGCACAUGAUACGCACCGACAAAGGUAGCCGUGGGCAUUAUUAUCAAACAUUUGACAAUAAACAGGAGGAAACAUUCUCCACAGAGUCCAGCGAUUCUGAGAAAUUGUCAGAACAAACCGGAAAAGACGCGGAUCCGGAGUUAUCGUCAUCGGAUAUUUCGACUCCUCCGGUGAUCGAUUUUGAAGAGCCAGCAGGUUUAAUUGCGAAGGACGCUAGACGGCCCAAUAUUCCGGGUCACUAA